UCAAAUAAAUAAAUAAAAUCAUAAAAAAAAACUAUGCACAAUGAUGUAAAGAAAAAUAUUCUCAUAACAAAUGUAAAGAUAGGAAAUCCCAGUAGGAAAAUAAAGGGUGUAAGAACCAAAAGGGAAUGUCCUUUGAUUGAAGACAUAAACUGGCAGAAUAUGAGAAAACCCAUGAGAGGGCCAAUAAAUUGCAUUAUUUAAUUGCAUGUAGAAUAAAAGUAUCUCUGGAAGAUAAUUAAUGAAUUUGAUGUCAUUGAUUAUCUCUGGGGAUGGGAACUGGAUUUCAAGGUUGGCAAGAAAGUAGACUUCUCACUAUAUAGCCUUUUGUAUCAUUUGAAUUUUGAACCAUAUAAAUAUAAAUACAUAAAGUGGCAAUAAAACCAAAAUCUUUUAAGUUCAAGUGGAGGACCUGAGCGUAGACAAAGGAAACUAAGCUUUCAUUGAAACGGGAGGCAAAAGCCAAAGGGCAAGUGUGAAGCAGAGGCAUGUGUAAAUUGGAGGGUACAAGCAUUGUGAUUAGGUUUAACUGCAUAUAAAACCCAAAACCCAAUCACUGCUUAGACAUACAGUAUCUGGAGUUGGCACUCCACAGCAGGUAUGGCAGCUCCACAAAGUCAGCCCACACUUCGUCUGUUCAAUUCUGCUACCUUCAUCAUAUGGCUUAUAUCCUAUAAGUGACUGACAUCAGCAGCUGGCUGCUUAUUUCUAUCCAUCUGUUCCCUGUUCUCACCUGGUAAAAAGAGGGGAUGGUGAGAAGGGGGUAAGGGAGAGUUUCAGGACCUCUCCCUUUAAGGUGUCUUCCUAAGAGUUCUAUAUAACACUUCCACUGGCCAGAAGUCAGAUCCAUGGCCACACCUAACUGCAUGAGAGUCUGGAAAUGUAGUCUGCAUUCCAGAUGGUCCCAUUCCAUCAAGCUUGGUUCUGUUACUGAGUAAGAAAAUGAGUAUUUGGUGGCCAGAUGGUAGUCUCUGCCACAGGGAGCAAGUUGAGGGAAUUUCAAUCUGAUAGCUUCCAUUUUCUCCUCUGGUGGAGACAUCGUGAUUUGCUGAAAGGGCGGAAAUGGGUAGAAGUUGGCUUGAGGAAAGUGGUGAAAGUUUGAAAUAACUGAUGUGAAGCGAGUAGGAGAGAACUGAGGCAGAACAUGCAGAAAAGUGUAUUUCAGGUGGGUUGGAAGUUACAUAAUUGUGGUGCAUCAAUCUUCAUGGUGGUGUGAUUUCUUUUUUUUUUUUUCCCGUAGUAUCCAGCAGUCUGGCAGUAGCACGACAGUGAUGGAAGCUAUUAUUUGGGAAGAAAAGCUUAGUGAACAACGCUGGGGAUCUGCCCCUGUUUGUUACUGCAAAUAUUGCCACAUAAUCUAAAAAUUCAACAGAUUCUUAAUCAUGGUUAGAAUUUUCUCAUCUUAUACAUACUCUGUAUUCUAAGAGAUGGCUCAAAUGUUUGAAGAUGUAGGCAAGGAUUGCCAGAUACAACUGACCAGCUUACGAUUGAGCAUGAGUCUUGUUAUGAUUAGUGAGAAUGUAAAAUUGGCCCGUGAGUAUGCGCUGCUGGGCAACUAUGACUCUGCGAUGGUGUAUUAUCAGGGCGUUCUUGACCAGAUGAACAAGUAUCUGUACUCGGUCAAAGAUACCUAUCUCCAGCAGAAAUGGCAACAGGUUUGGCAGGAAAUAAAUGUGGAAGCUAAACAUGUUAAGGAUAUUAUGAAAACACUGGAGAGCUUUAAGCUAGACAACACUCCACUGAAAGCUGCACAACAUGAGCUUCCAGCCUCUGAAGGGGAAGUCUGGUCCUUGCCUGUACCUGUUGAACGAAGACCCUCACCGGGACCUAGAAAACGCCAGUCUCCUCAGUACAGUGACCCUAAGCCACACGGUAACCGUCCAAGUACAACCGUCAGAGUUCACCGUUCUUCUGCACACAAUCUUCACAACGACAGAGGGAAAGCUGUUCGUUGUCGGGAAAAGAAAGAACAGAGUAAAGGAAGAGAGGAAAAGGGAGUGUUGAUGGUUGGCCCACCUGGCACAGGAAAGACCCUCCUUGCUAAAGCAGUAGCUACGGAAUGCAAGACAACAUUCUUCAAUGUGUCUUCGUCAACUCUGACUUCCAAAUACAGAGGGGAGUCUGAGAAGCUUGUUCGUCUUCUGUUCGAAAUGGCUCGGUUUUACUCUCCAGCCACCAUAUUUAUCGAUGAGAUAGAUUCCAUUUGUAGUCGCAGAGGGACUUCUGAGGAGCACGAAGCAAGCAGAAGGGUGAAAGCCGAGCUGCUGGUUCAAAUGGAUGGUGUUGGAGGUGCUUCUGAAAAUGAUGACCCUUCCAAAAUGGUUAUGGUUCUGGCAGCUACUAAUUUUCCCUGGGAUAUUGAUGAGGCAUUAAGACGACGUCUUGAAAAAAGAAUCUAUAUUCCAUUACCAUCAGCAAAAGGCAGGGAGGAGCUGUUACGAAUAAAUCUACGUGAACUGGAAUUGGCUGAUGAUGUUGACCUUGCAAGCAUAGCAGAAAAUAUGGAAGGUUAUUCAGGUGCAGACAUUACCAAUGUGUGCAGGGAUGCAUCCUUGAUGGCAAUGAGAAGGCGUAUUGAAGGUUUGACCCCAGAGGAAAUCAGAAAUCUUUCAAGAGAAGAAAUGCACAUGCCUACAACUAUGGAGGAUUUUGAAAUGGCUUUAAAAAAGGUCUCUAAGUCCGUUUCUGCUGCAGACAUUGAAAGAUAUGAGAAGUGGAUAUUUGAGUUUGGAUCAUGCUAAAUUCUCACAUGUAAACUGUGAGAAGCCUGCCUUAAGUGUUUGAGUAAUAAUUAAAUGUAGUAUUUCAUUGCACUGAGUGCUAUAUUUUUUUUAAACUUUGAUAAUGGUAAGAUUAAAAAAAAGUGUGAUUCUGAAUAAAGGCAAUUUUUUAAAGCUGAAAGCAAA